AUGUCCUCAAACAACUCCUCAACCAACGAAGUCAGCUCAGCUGAAGCACAUGAAGGAGUGCCUCGACAGCCUCCCUUUUCAUCUUUUGCACAGCUUCCAUAUCCUUAUAUCUACGGCCCUGAGUUGCCAUAUGCUCCUCAAUACAAUCUUUACCAUUACCCGCAGCUUGGAUAUCAUCAUUUCCGUCAGGCAGGAUACGUUUACCCUUUCCAACAAGCCGACUUUCAGUCUUCCCAGUCUUCUGUCCCAAUCAACCCACAGACCAAGCACCACGACCAUCAUGUCACUUUGCCAAAUCAGCAGCAGGCUCGUCAAAAUGUCACCAUUAACGACGGCAUGACUGCCGAAGACUCUCCUGAGUCUCAGCUCCAUCUAAAGGAUUCUAAACCCAUUCAUUUACAACCAGGGCCUUAUAUUGGGGACAGCAAUGACGACACUUCACGUCAACCUGAUACAGGAGUUUCGUUUGAAAAUGUCUAUGCGGAUCAAGACGUCACGGAGGAUCGUCCUCCGAAAAAGACUAUUCCCAAGGAAUACUUAACCCGCGGGGAAAAGAUGCGACUGCUGGAUCUACUUAAACAAUACGAAGAUGUACAGAGAACAAAAGGUGCUCUCUGCUCAGCAAGCAAAACCUACCAACAAUUCUAUGAGGCCAUCUUCCGCAGAUCCUGGGACACCAAUAGCAAAAGCUACAGCCCAGUAACUCUUCGGCCCGCACGCAGCUCAGAUGCGUAUCUUGAAAUAGGCCAUUGCGAGAAGGAUGCCCCAUCCAGCCGGUCAGGUGAUGGACGCAGAGGGUCUAAAGCUCUUAAGCAAACGAUACCGAUAUUUCUCACUCUCGACCUCAGAGCCGGUGAGAUCGAUUGGAGGUACCAUGAUAAGGACGGAAACCGUUUUAAAGCCCGCGAUGUGAGGCUACAUCAUGGUCUCGGUAUUGAACAGGCCAAAAAGAACGUUUUAGAUCACCAAGACCAGAAAGAGAUGAAGCGCAUCUGCGAACACAACAUUGAUCAGAUUGUCCACGCCGCGAGACGACGAAUAGUUAAGUGGGCAGCAGCAGGGAGUGCUGCUGAGUUUGGCGUUGAUGAUGAAGACAGAGCCGCCCUGGAGAUACUUGAACUUCCUUCGGACCGCUUUCUUGAACGAUUCCAGGAGGUCCGCGUUCUACGAGAUUAUCUGGUGCGGCGUCCUGUGCCAAGCUAUGAGGUUUGA